AUGCUGCUUAUUCCUGCUGGUGUGUUGUUACUCCUCUCGAUACCAUUUUCAUGCGCCACAGCAUCGCCCGGGAUUCUCGAAGUCGACUUAAGCUUCCCGCGCAAUGGCAGCAUCUACAAGCCUGUCUCGCUUAUCCCUGUGGUAUUCAGUGUCAAAGGCCAAGCACUCGCUUCGCUGGCCGAAGCCUCGAUCGGGUGGUCUGUCCGCAGCGAUGUCAAUUCAUCACUGUUCAAUGUUGGCACAAUUGAUCUGAAAACGCCGAACAACUCACUACCCGAGGAUCCGUACUUCGUCUCCAGCUACCUCUCCAUCCAGGCUGGUAUCGAGGGAUCAUGGCUGUUCGAUUGGGUCGUUGACUAUUCGCGCUGCUCUCCGAAGGAUGGGAGCGUCUUGCGCGAAGCAUACGAUUCAAGCUUCCGGUUCACAACAAGCAACGGCGCACAGCCACCGACCUUGGAAACGGCGGGGACAAGCUGCGAUAAUGCGCAAAACUUCGCGGUGAACGUCACGGCAGUUGCUACAUCUCGAAGCCGCGACCCCAAUGAUCCAAAUUACUGCGCUGUGCUCGGCGAGAACCCCACGGCAAGCCUUUGCGCAGCCAAUGUCAAUGCCUCAAGCGCUGCAGUCUUGAAUGCCGCGAUACACCGCACAGCUUGUGUUGAGGGCCGCGUCAAUUGCACAAAGGCAGACCUCAGCAGCGCAAUGAGCUUUUCGUCGCAGCAAUCACUUCUUUGGGUAAUCACAGCCUUGGGGGCAAUUUCAGCCCUUGUGCUUUAA